CACAGACGACGGAAAGGGGAAAUUCAAGCCAUUUGAGUUUUUGUUCUUCUUGAAAGAUGUCUCUGGGUACUCCAAGUGAACCGACUUCGACUCUCGAAUCAGACAUUUUUGACGAUCUUUCGUUGUAUUAUCUAGAGGAUGUAUUCCUUUCCGCCACAACGCCGUCGCCAACAUUUGAUUUGAGUGAUCCAUCGGAUCCAUCACUUUCGGAUUCGUUUGACAGUGAAUGGUCACCAAUGACUCCAUGCUCAAUAGAAAGACCGGAGACCUCAACAUCAUCAAUCUUCUCGUUUGAAGCUAGACCCAUCAAAACGCCGCCACCUGCCGAAUAUCUUCGACUUCCGACAUUCCUGUCAACGAAUAAUUCCGGAUUUUUCGAUUCAGUUGUCGCUUCGGAUUUCAAUUUGUACGGGAAGUUCAAUGAUUGGUUGAAUGACAGCAAGCCUCGCAGUGGAUCGUUUGCGAUUGAAUCUGCUGAAGAGCUCGCGAGGAAUCCAAGAGAAACUCGCUCCGAGCCCGAAGUGCCAUCAUUGUUCAAAAGGCGUGAAUAUGGAUGUGGAUACUGUCGUUCCGUUGGAUAUAUGCGAUGGGAAACGCAUACACGUAAGAAAUGCGACAAGCUCAGCUCAUUGGCUCCAUGUAAAAUUUGUGGAGCUCGCGGUGAAAUGAAUCACACCGAGACGUACUGCCCAAUGAAGCCGUCGAGCCAGUUGUUCUUCAAUGAGGAUUUCAGCCGAGACUUCGAAAACCGACGAUUCCAGCGCAGUCGUUAUCAAUUUUACAAGCAUUCCUCAUUAAUUCAGAAGAUCUACGCAUCAUCCGAAGAUUCUUUCUAGAAGAUCCAAUUUCUCAAUACUUUUUUAUAUCGGGUCCAACCCGUUUAUUUUCUACAAGCUUUCACAAACAGAUAGUUUAUUGAGUUACCCGUUCAUAGCCUUUAUUGAUUCCAAAUUUCCCAUCUCACACUUUUCUACGGUAUACCAUUUACUUUUUCUGCUAAUAAUCAAUUAUUAAUACCGUAUAAUGGUCCUCUAUAUUGUCCACGUAACAACUUGUGCUUUUUCGUCGAAUUUUCAUCAGUUUGUGGAAGAAAGUGAUAACUGAAAGAAAGAAGUUUUGAAAGGAAUAGUUGUAGAAGUAAAUCACUUGUCAAUUGCAUUUGAAUAGUUGGCGAGAGCCGCAAUAUCGAGAAAAUGUGUAGCCAGGAAGGUAUAGCUCUGAAAAUAAAAAUUUACAAUUCGU